AUGUCCCGCAGGCAGGCGGCCAAGGCGCGGGCCGGUGGCGGGGGCAAGAAGGCGGAGCUGGAGCGGAAGCGGGACGAGCGGGCGGCCCGCCGGGCGCUGGGCAAGGAGCGCAGGAACCGGGCCCACGCGGAGGAGGACGGCGGCGGUGCCGCGGCCCAGGAGUUCGUUAGCUUCGGCAACCAGCUGCAGCCGCUGGGCCUCAAGCUGCGCGAGGUGCCGGGCGACGGCAACUGUUUGUUCCGGGCCCUUGGUGACCAGCUUGAGGGGCACUCCAGAAACCACCUGAAAUACCGCCAGGAAACAGUGGAUUACAUGAUAAAGCAGAGGGAGGAUUUUGAACCUUUUGUUGAGGAUGAUGUUCCCUUUGAGAGACAUGUUGCCAAUUUGGCGAAGCCUGGUACAUUUGCUGGCAAUGAUGCUAUUGUGGCAUUUGCAAGGAACAAUCAAAUGAAUGUGGUUAUUCAUCAGCUCAAUGCCCCUCUGUGGCAGAUUCGAGGCACGGAUAAAAGCAACGCCAGGGAACUGCACAUUGCCUAUCGGUAUGGAGAGCACUACGAUAGUGUGCGGAGAAUAAAUGACAACUCUGAAGCUCCUUCACAUCUUCAGACGGAGAUGCUGUGUAAAAAUGAAUCCAAUAAGAGGGAGAAGAUCAAGCCACAGAAGGACAAAUCUGAAGAGGAGUUAGAGAAUGAAGUGGAAGAUGCUGUACAAAAAGUCUGUAAUGCAACCGGGUGUUCGGAUGUUGAUUUAAUCAUUCAGAUUCUGGAAGUGAAGAACUACGAUAUUGAUUCUGCAAUAUUUGCUGUUCUCCAAGUGAACGAAGUGAAAAGAAUCUAUUCUGAAGAGGAAUAUGAGACCCAGGCCAAAAGUCAGAAGUCACAGAGCUCAGCCUUGUGGGAGGAGAAUGGAAGUGGCACCAGAAUCUUUGGAAAUCAGGGAUUGCAGCAGGAUGGAACAGAAAACAACAAGACACAGGCUAGUCCGGAUGAAGAGAAUCAAACCAACAAAAAACAUUUCCCAAAGGUAUCCAAUAAACAAAGGAAGGAGCAGCAGCGGCUAGAGAAAAAGAAGCGGCAAGAAGAAAGGCACCGGCAGAAAGUCCUGGCCAACCGGAGUAACAAUGCAGAUAACAACAGGAGUGAGACAGACUCGGAUACACAAGUCACCCUGGUGAAGACCCUGGCAGCGCUGAACAUAUGACUGAUGUAUUGUGUGGUCUUUGAUGGAAUAGGCGAAUGGCAAAUAAGACUGAUCAGACAAAGCCAUCUUCAAAGCAGAUUCCCAAGCACCCCACUAUUUUUAAACAAUGUUUCUAUGGGGUUCUCUUAGCAUAUGCUAAGUUGUCUUUGGUUCUCCAGCUGUGGGAAGAACAACUCUUCAGUAACACUAAAGAACAUCAGCCAAGCUUGUGAGGGAUGGGCAAUCAAGGUUAAGCAAAGUGAAAACAUCAACACUUGUUUUUACUAUUCCCGAGACAGAGUCUAUUCAACCUUGAUCCAUCACCCCACACACCUUGUGUGAAUUUUGCUUGGAGAUGUCACAAUAUUACUUAAGUUAACUCUGACUACAUUUUUCUAAGCUCAAGCAUGGAAGAGCUCUUAUUUUAAAUUACUGUGCAGGAACAUUUUAACUGCUCCCAACUCAGGAACUCUUCUUUCUCUAUUAAAGUAGAUUAGGACAAAAUUCCCAAAUCCCUUUCAAAGCUGAUCAGCCAAAUGCUGUACUAGACAUGUUAGAUUCCUUUCCCUCCCGGCUUGUAACUUGAUAGCAAGUUAUAGUCCAGACAGAGCUGCUCUUGCUUUUGUUGCACCAAGACAUAUGCUAAAUGCUGCUAACUAUUAGGAGAUAGGUAUACGCAGGGAGAUGGGGAUAGUUGGGUCUAUGCUUGUUUUUUUCCACAGAGCGGGUGAACUCUUAAGUCUGUAGAUGCUCUGAUCUGCUGGCAACUGAGUUCCCCUUCUGACAACGCUGCUCCAAUAAUAAUAGGGAGACGCCAAUGUAUUCCCGAGGUUGCCAGGUGGAUUCGCCCAAUCUGGUGAGGUUUAAUAAGAUGAUCUUUUACCAUAAGCAGGUGUAAGGUUUCUAUUGUAUAGUAACAAAGAUAUGCUGGUGUUUGGACCAUCCUCCGCCUCGUUCCUGAGCAUUAAGGGCGAGAGUCCAAAAAGGGAACUUGACUGUCUAAUCUCCAAACUAAGUACUUGUAGCCAAUGGAUCAAAAAUCCUGGGAAGCACUGGGAGACCUGCCUGCUUUAUUCCUCCUAAAUCAAGCUUUUCCUAGCUUCAAUUCCUCUGGGAUACGGUCACCACGCACCACACAGUAUAAUUGAUAACUAGAGUCUGAACCCUUUGCUGCUUUCCACAAAGAUUAGGAGCCUGGCCUAAACUAGGGCCGAAUUCCAUAGUUAUUAAUUUGAUGGUGUGAAGCAUUGGACAUCACUCAAGUGUUUGGACCGGCAUCAAGCUUUAAAAAGUGAAGGAUUGCGGGGAGGGGAGGAAACCAUACUCAGAAUAAAGUCUAAACAGAAUGUUUGAGAUGAGCUUUGAAAAGUGAUCCUAGAGGUCUUAGUCAUCCUACAUUGGUACUAGAACAUGUGUAGACAUGAAACAUACAAAUGUCCCUUUGGCUUAAUUGCCGAAGUCUUAGUUAGUGGUUCUUGGUUUCCUCUUACUGUAUAUCAGUAAAAUGUGAAGCACUAGACGAAAUGGUGCUCUGUUUGGUAUGCUAGCAAUAUUAACGGUUGUAGGAGAAAAGUAGAACUGUGACCGCUAACCUUGGAGUUUAAAAAGCUGCUUGGUGGUAGUGAAUAGAAUGAAAAGCAGCCCUUUUGCUUAGAGAGAUGUCACGCUGCAUUUAACUGGUCAAGAGGUACAUUACUGGCCGAUCAGUCCAGGUUUUGGAAGCCAUUCUUCCACCCAGCUAUGGGUUGCACAGACUCCGGAAGUGAUUAUGAACACCUAGCAACUUUGUGCUUUGCUGCUUGGAUUGCUAGUGAGAUGGGAGCCUGGGGGGUGGGAGGAAAAAGGAUAAAGCAGUGAAUCUGACAAAGGGCACGUCACUUAACCAGCAGCAAGUAAAAGGUAUUUACAACAGUGGGGAAAAUGCCUUAGCAAGGUUGUAUCUACAGGUCACUAAGGGGUUGCCUCCUUGCUUAGCCCCAGUAUGUUUUGAUGUAGGUAAGAGAGACUGUUUCUGUAAGUGGCUAGACAAACAUCUGAGCUGAAGUGACAAUGCUGGUUUGUCAGUUGUAUAACUAGGAUUUGGAUUCUUGAUAUUCUUUGUGAAUCAUGUAGCUUUUUCUUGAGUCAGCUGAUUAGAGGAUUGUUUGUCCAUCCAAUUCUGGAUGAGGGGUAGGAGACAGUUGUUCUGAAAGAAAAUAUAGCUACUAGAUGACGGUUGCUUCUACCAUAAGCACAGAAGCUGCCUCCAUCACUGACCCUGUAAAGUUCAAUCUUGUUCUUGAAGAGAUUCAUCGGGCUGGCUUUUUCAUGCAGAGCUACCAGAUUUUUAGUGGCAGGGGGAAGAGUGAUCAUACAUUCAAAGACUUAACUAUGGUACCUGAAACUGAAUAUGCAGAUGAAAGCAUUUUCUAUUGCAAGUGUAAAUGAACUAAACAAAGCUCUUAUUGCACUGGGCUGACUGAGUGCUUUCACAAAACAACUUCACUCCAGCAAGCUGUGCCAAGAAAUCUAACCUGCAGUAGUUGAGGGUCCCAAACUCUCCUGCCCUCUGUGGUAUAGACUCUCUGGUCUGGCUGAUGGAAAUGCUCCUGCCUUUAAGAUCUAGAACAUCUCUGGCAGAUGAGUUCCCUGUAAUUUGUUAGUCUCUAAGGUGCCACAAGUACUCCUGUUCGUUUCCCUGUACUUUGUUCCUCCAGGACCUUGCUUUCGUGCCUGUUGGCUAAAGAUUUGGCAGUUGCCCUCUAGGUGGCAGACUGUGAAUAGCCUUCACAGGGAGAAGAUCAGCAGGAAAAUGAGCAGCGAAUGAGUUGGGUUCAUUCCCUUAUAGCUUUUAUUGUCAAGCUCUUUGGUAUGGAGUCUACUGUGCUACAUGGCAUUGGGUGUCUUUGCACUGGGGUGAUGAGCUCUGCGAUUUUCCGCUUGUCAUCAUACAUUGACAUCAGUUCCCACCCAUGUAGCAGAGACCAUCUCCAUCCAAGAAGCCUGCUGCUCGAGAAUCCUCUGGUUUUAUCAAGGUGGCUACUUUUGUACAAAACUCAUUGGGCUUAAUGCUAGAUGGGGACUUAAAUAGCUCAGGAUAGGCAGUGGCAUAUGGAGACUUCCAACUCUAGAUCUCUCUGGAUGCAGAUAAAUGGUAGUUUAGGGGCUGAGGUGAACUGAAUAAGUUUCAGUCCUGCUAGAAAGAUACUAUCAUCAUGGGCACUUGAAGGCCAGGACUGAAUGAAUAUUGAUUACCUCUGGAGUCCUUCAAGAGAUGUUUAGCAAACAUUGAAGCUUGUACUACGGCUGCUUGUGAUAUACCUAUUUGGAUAGAGGGUUAGCUCAGGAGUGGAAACUUGCAUAGCUCCACUGACUUUGAUGGAGUUAAAUUGGUAAUGUAAACCAAGCCUAUGUCUGUAUAACUGUUAGUUACACUGACCGAGUCCUCACUGUAGCCCAUGCUAUGGGCUUCUCCCAUCAACAUAGCGACUGCCUCUCAGGGAGGUGGAGUACCUCUGCUGACAGGAGAGCUUCCCCAUCGGCAGAGGUAGCAUCUUCAUUAUGCGCUACAGCACUGUAAGUGUAGACAAACAGUUAUUGCCAAACUGUGCAGGUUGAGCAUGUGGUCAAUUGUUCUUUAAUGCUACCGAUCCACUACCUUCCUCCAGGAAACGUAAAGAGAAAAUACCCCCCACAGCAGUUAAAUUACACUGAAAGUAAUAAACGCUUGGCUGGAGGUUGCACAUGGUAACAAAAGCAGGCUUGGGUUCGAGUGUAAGUGGCAGGGAGGUGUCCCCUGUCUUUAGCUGUGCACUAAUUCUAGUUUCUUUCUGGUGAUACCUUAACCCUCCUUGGAGGGCGGUCAGUCCAUCUGUUGACUUACCAGAGGUUUUACCUCAUCUGCAGUGCCUGAAUUUUAGAAAAGUCACAUGACCUGUAGUAUUUGCAUCUAUAGUAAUGCUCCAGCUGUUCCUAAUUUCCCUUGGAUUCUGUUGAAACUGAGUAGGGAUCUUCUUUUCCUUCCUACUUCAGAGCAUUCUGUGGGGCUUCUGCCCCUGGCAAACCAAAUGUCUGUCUCUUUUAAUUGAAUACAUAGUGCAAUAGAAGCUGCAAAGAUGUGCCAUGAACUAGGAGAAUGGAUUUUUGUAUAUUGCUCAAGUACAGAUUAAAGGCAAAAUUUUCAGAUUUACUAAAA